AUGGCCGAAAAACGCAAGCUUCCGUCGCGGCGUGAGUCUGCAGCAAAAAGGCGUAUCUCCGAAGCCACGCCGCAGUCUCACAAGAAAAAGGCGCCAACUCCUCGCGCUGCAACGCCCGAACUAGUUGACGCACCUUUACCAACAAAAGUCAAGGAUGGAGAUAGCCUGCCUAUUCUCCGCACGCGACAGCCACUUUCUUUGCCGGACAAUGAGUACCAGUCGAUCGCCGAAAGUGCAGUCCUCCUCGCUUCACUCGAACGAUCGAAGAAAAAGUGGCUGAGCGAUGGCAUCCUUGUUCGAUACUACACGAAGCCGAAGAAAACGAAGCGUGAACAGACCGAGAAGAACAACCCAUCAAAGGAUACUAUGACAAAAAUCGGGCCAUGCGAUGUCACCAUUGGUCCCCAUUUCUUUGAUGCUAUGAUUUACAUUGUCAAAGAUCCUAAUGCGCCAACGGCACUCCAAUACGCACCCCCGCAACGACCGAUGGUUCACUAUGGCCAUCCUAAUAACUUCCAACAAUACCGACCGUAUCCCACUCCAUCCAAUCAACAACGACCUGCGCAAUAUUCUCCCGCUCCUCCGGGUCGCCCUGGGUAUACAGGCAGCCAUCCCUCGCCACAGCCAGCUCGUGGCCCGAACCAACCCUCCCCCCAAGGAGGACAAAAGCCACCACAAGGGCAAAAGGGCCAACCUGCCAAGCCAAGUCCAGAUCCUGUGAUUCAAAUGUUGGCUACAAGGGCAGCCGCAGAUCCUGAACUAAAGGCCUUGAUGCGUGUUGUUGCCUCAAGCCAAGCAUCCCAGGAGCAGCUCCGGGCUUUCCAAGCACACAUUGACGAACUCAACGCAAUCAUCAAAUCAAGAGAGCAGCAAGAACAACGGCAGCAAUCUUCAACAGCACCACCAACUCCACAACACUCAACUCCUACACCACAAGCUCAGACUCAGAAACAACAAGAUAGUGGGACGAAAGCAGCACCGGUAGAACAAUCGCCACAAAAGUCGCAGACCCCAUCCAAAGGUUCCAAGCAGCCACCUGCGAAGACGGAGGGGCAGCCUCAGACACCUGCUCAAGCCUCGGCAAGCCAGGCUCCUAAACCUCCUCAGAGCACCACUGGGUCCAGCACCAUCAAGGGAGAGCAACCAGCGACUCCUAGUGCUGCAAGCACCCCAGCCCCUGCGUCUGCUUCUCAGCAACAGACCCCUGUGGUUAACCCGACACCAUCAGGCAAUGCUCAACAGCCAGGAGCUCGACCCGGUCCACCAUAUCCCAACCACCAACAACCUUAUGGGUCACAGCCUCCACUUCAGUCUCGACCACCCCAAUAUGGUACUCCUGUUCCGUUCCCCCGUCCGCAUCCGAUUCCUUACGUAUCCCCUCUUGGGGCUCCACCGGUGAAUUACAAGUCUGUGGUGUUUGAAUUCACAUCUCCCUUAACUCCAUAUGGAAGCAGUACAUCAGGCCAUGCCGGCUCAGGUGACCGCUAUCUCUUCCCUGAGUACACCAUUCUGGAAUGGCUCCCAGCCGAGAACACAGUCAUCGCCUCGUUUUUAGUGACCCGGAAGGUGGCUCCAAACACACCAUUCCCUCUUGAACCUGCCGGAGAUGCCAACUCCAAAAGCAAAGCCAAGGGGGCGUCGAAAGCUAAGAAGGGCGAACCAAAAGUCAAAGCCGAGAAAGGGAAACUACCAACCGAUACCCCAGUCCCCAGCCAACCAGGCACGCCCACACCCGGGACGCCACAAAAACAGGAGCCCGCCGACCAAACAGGUGCCCUUACCCCCAGCGUCCCAGGGACUCCUGUCAAUGAGGCGAAUCUUAAGGAAUACUGGCAACCAGUAACUUUCCGCAUCCACGCCCCCAAUGCCAAAAUCCUCGAGCCUCUAGCCCGCGUCGUCAAACCAGCUGACGAGGUGCGCAAAUAUAUGAACGAUAUCAUGGACCGCGCCGAACGUGCGCCAGAUGGCUACCUGGCGAUGCGUCUGCCUCGCGAGUCGGCGUCAGAAUCGUUCGAAAAGGAUGGGACACCUGCUUCUUCGGGCAAUGUCGGAACCCGCAGUCGUCUUUCCCGUGUUCAGCUCGCUGGCGACGAAUCCGAGGCGGAGAAUUCUGGUUUCGAGUUCGAGGAGGACGAAGAAGAUCUCAAAGAUUUUUAUGAUGCGCCGAGCGGACUACCGCCGUUGAGGGCAUGA